AUGACAUCCCCCCUAGAAAAACCGGCAAACUUUUCGGAUUUACUUCAUCCAGCUGAACGUAUUUCAAUUCACACACUCACACCUGAUACAUACAACCAAAUCAAUCACUCCGGGUUUCACCACAUUUACACAGACGGUAGUAAACACGAGAACGGCUCUACGGGCGCUUCUUUUGUGGCAUACCGCCCCCUCGAACGUACACACAAACACGUACACACAAAACUCGUCAAACUUCACCACACCAGCUCUGUAUUUCAAGCAGAGCUUGUCGCUAUCAAACACGCAUGCACAUAUAUACAAAACAAAAACAUCACCCACGCUAUUAUCCACACAGACUCACUCUCCUCAAUCUCUGCCCUCAAACAGAGCAACAAUACACACCCCAUCGUGACAGACAUACACAAAACACUUCACCAAAUCCAGUACACUCACACCCACAACAAUAUACUCUUCAGCUGGGUGAAGGGGCACUCGGGUGUAGAAGGGAAUGAAGCAGCAGAUAAAGCCGCUAAUAAGGCUGCAAAGGCUCAUAAAGCACCAGACUUCAUUUCUUGCCCCAUAUCUUACAUCAAGAAAAAGAUCAAAAACGAAACAUCAGUAACUUCCCAAACCAGAUAUUCCAAUGAAAAUAAAGGGGUCCACACCAAAAAUAUAUUUCCUCUUCUCUCAGAUAUAGAUAACUUCUUUAAAGCCAUUCCCGUUUCGUUUCAAAUGACGCAAUUUCUAACAGCCCACUCUUAUGCAAAACAUUAUUUACACCGUUUUCACAUUUCCGAUGACCCUCUCUGUCCUUGCGAUAAUAACUCCAAUCAAACCCUCGACCAUCUCACAAGACAAUGCCCCCGUUUCACCCUCGCCCGACACGUCCAUGAAGAGCUUUGCCGGUACGCGGACACCGAGCCUUACGGUAUACCCCAAAUAAUAAAAAAGAAUGUUACCUCUAAAUCAUUUGAAAAUUUCGUGAAACACAUUAUAAACAAUUUAAAAAACUUUAAUCAAAAUACCCGCGAUAAUUAA